AUGGCGAGUGCCGCUGCUAACCUCACUUCACUCUUGCGGGCCUCGACCAUUCAAGACCAUGAUGAAAUCCUGAAAGCCGCCAAUGCAGCUAUCAAAGCCUCUAAAAAGGAUACCGAAGCUCAUAAGACCCGUAUCAUUGCUCUCUUAAAGCUGGAUCGCUUCGAAGAUGCCCUCCGAGCCAUAGCCGAAGGCGGAGACGAAUUAGAGAAGGAAUAUGUUUUUGAGAAGUCGUACGCUCUCUACAAGUCUGGUCAGCUUGAUGACGCCGCAAAAACACUUGAAAUAGCUUCUUCAUCCUCUAAGUCCUCUCGUCCUUUCCGCCAUCUCGCCGCUCAGAUAGCCUAUCGCGCCGAGAAAUUCCCCGAUGCCGCCGAUGCCUACCACCAUCUAUUAACAGGAUCGGGAGGUCUAGCUGGUGAAGAAAACGACUUGAAUAUUAACCUUCUCGCUACAAACGCUCAGCUGGAGUGGAAUGGACUUGGUUAUCUAUUAAGGGAGCAAGAGAGACAACCCUCGCGUGACCAUCUCGAAGCUUUUGAAACAGCGUACAAUGCUGCGUGUACUUGUAUUGCAAGGGGCGAUUUCAACCGCGCAUCUGUUUUCCUUAAGCGGGCGCAGGAUCUAUGCGAAGCGAGCGAAGACCUAUCUGCGGACGAGAAGAAGGCCGAGCUGCUACCUAUUAUGGUGCAGCAUGCCUACGUUCUCGCGAGAUUAGGCAAAGAAACAGAGGCAGCGGCUCUACAUAGAUCUAUCGUGUUAUCUGAGAUCCCGGAAGCACCAACAAGGGCAGUUGCACAGAACAACGAGAUCGCCAUCGGCGCUGCAGGAAGAAACCCUUUCCUUACACAACGCCUCUUCCAGUCGGCUACAAAGCUGUCUGGUAAUGAUAAGCUCUUUGCCUACCAGACAUCUACAUUGAAGCAAAAUGAAUAUGCCAUAGAUCUGCAGACACAGAAGUUCGACGGUAUCGAGUCUUCUACCUCGAAAUUAAUCCUACAGAGCCCAUCCCCUACAAGCUCCGUAGAAAUCGCACGCCUUGGAGUCAUUAAUGCAGCAGCGCAUACCCACCUGCAGACCGGUGUAGAAUCUCUCAAGCAGAUUCUCCCCCUCCUUGAGAAACGUCCGACUGAUAUUGGGCUUCUAUUAACUAUCAUCCAACUAUACGUGCAAUUAAAAAAACCCGGCCCAGCAUUAACCCUCCUUGAAGCCUUCCUUAAGCGCCUGGAAACAGCGUCAGCUCCUAACUUCGAGGACGUGCGUUUUGCACCCGGUCUUGUUGCUGUAACCGUAGCAUUGUACCGAUUGCAAGGGCGACAAAACUCUAUCCGCACAGAACUAGCAAGAGCAUCUACACACUGGCGCUCGAAAUCAAAAGAUUCUGCCUCAUCUCUCCUCCGCGAAGCCGGCAUUGAGCUCCUCAAGUCUUCUAGUCGUGAGGACAUCGCCUCAGCAGGCGAAUCCUUCGAAGCCCUAGUUGCCCAGUCCAGCAAGGACGCGAUCGCAGUCGCAGGCCUCGUAGCCUCCUUCGCAAACGAGGACUUCGCCAAAAUAGAGACGUACUUGCCAAGCCUGACACCAAUCGAGCGUCUCACGGCGGGUGCCACCGACGUUCAAGCCCUUGUGGCUUCGGGCGUAGCCUCGAUCCAGACACCUGCAGCCCCCACAAGUAAAAAGCGCCCCGCAGACCACGAGCCAGAGAAACCGGCCGCUAAGCGCCGGCGCAAGAAGCGGCUGCCCAAGAACUACGAGGAAGGCAAGCUACCUGAUCCAGAAAGGUGGUUACCUCUACGCGAUCGCAGCACCUACAGACCUAAGGGCAAGAAGGGCCGCAAGCGGGCCCAGGAGUCCACGCAGGGCGGCGUUGUCAAGGAGGAAGAGACGCUGGAGCUAGUCGGUGGUGCUGGCGCCGUCAAGGUAGAGAAGGCGUCAGGGGUACAAGGGGGCAAGAAGAAGAAGAAAGGAGGGAAGAAAUAA